AUGUGCAUACGCACCGAAGUGUCAAAGGUGAGGGCGCCAAACCGCCGUCAUGCGGAAAAGACUGCACACAGCACGGCCCUCCGGAUGUCCCAUACGACAAAACCAAACCCAAACAAAAACCAAAACCAAAACCAAAACCAAAUCCAAGUGGACGUCCGUAUUCAAGCAAAGACGGCCAGAAAAAAAAUCCGGGUGUGCACAUCGCCGGCCAAUAGAAUGCGCCGCAGCAACCAAACAGGAAAAACCAAGACCCAGUUAAAGUCGCAAGGUCACAAGACCCGCACCCGUGCCUCCCGCGCGCUCCACUAUUCAGGCGGCUCCAUUCCACGGAAGAAGCGGCCGAAUCCCAUUUUCUGCUGCUUGUGUUUCUGGCGGCAUUUCUCUCUCACAGACGCACUUGUUACUGCCGCAUCCCGUGGACGCUGUCCCGCCCGCCAUUUCCGCUUUUUCCGCGCUUCUCCCCGCCGAGUUCUGCCCCACUGA